AUGGCUGAUAUUAAACAUAAUACAACAUCUUCAAAUACCCCAUCAAUAACAGUUUAUUGGUUGAAUGAAAGUCGUGCUGAUCGAAUAAUAUUCUUACUUGAAGAAUUAGAAUUACCGUAUGUCAUUGAAAAGUUUGAACGUGGAUCCGAUAAACUUGCGCCUGAAGAAUUAAAAAAUAUUCAUCCAUUAGGAAAAAGUCCAGUAAUCAAAGAUGGUGAUAGAGUUGUAGCAGAAUCAGGUUUCAUUAUUGAUUAUCUUAUUAAUAAAUAUGGUACAAAUAAAAAUUUAAAACCAACAAAUGAAGAUGAUUUAUUUCAAUAUAAUUAUUUUUUACAUUAUAUUGAAGGAAGUUUAAUGCCUAUUUUGGUUACGAAAUAUAUCUUUCUUCUUUUACAAAAACAAGCACCAUGGAUAAUAAAACCUGUUGUAAAUGGUAUUUGUAGUAAAAUGGAUGGACUUUUUAUUGGACCAAAUAUUAGAACACAUUUAAAUUUUAUUGAAGGAGAAUUAACAAAAAGAAAAUGGUUAGCAGGUGAACAAUUUUCUGGUGCUGAUAUUCAAGCAAGUUUUGCAUUAGAAAUGUUAUUGAAACGAUCAGGUGUCAAAGAAGAAGAAGCACCGAAUUUAACUCGAUAUAUAACAGCUAUGCGUGAACGAUCAGCUUACAAACGAGCUAUGGAAAAAGUUGAAAAAACAUCAAUGGCUAGUUGA